UUAUUUUGUGGAUCCGGAUCCGAAAAAGGUUAGAUGUUCGAAAACUUCGAUUCGGAUAUCUGGGGAUUUUCCAGGAUCUACCAACCUUGGGGGAAAUGUAUGAAACGAGUAAGCGGUAUGGUUGUGGUAUUCUUGGAUGUCUGGCACGCAUGGUCAUUUCUUUAAAUAAUGAUGAAUGUUCUAAUUUAUCACAACAAAAAUGUAUUUCUACUAAUAAUUCUUUAGAGUUAUUUGAAGAAAUCAAAUUAGCAACAAAACAACUCUAUGAUAAUUUUAUUUAUUCUGGAGAAAAUAAAAAUCAUCAUUUAAUUUUUACAAAAUGUUUAAUUGAAAAAUUUGAAAAUUAUUUUUUUGGCAAAACUCAAAAUGAUGAAAAUUUAAAAAAUUUGGAAAAUUUAAUUGAAGGAGUUUACCAAGAGGUUUUUUAUUUUUUUGGGAAAUGUUGA